AUGGCAUCCUGGAAAAGGGAAAUCUAUGGAGACCGUAAAAAGAUCCAUGGUUGCCAGGUUAUGGAAGAAGGAGUUGGAACACCAGCAGGUGACCAUGAGCUCCCGGAGGGCAGGGACCACACUGGUCACUUUCAGCACUGCACCCUGCCUAAGUGGCCCUUGCAUAAGGGAGUGGCCCCGCCUGGGACGCCAGGAGCCAUAGCGAAGAUCCCGGGCCUGGGCCUGGGCACCUGGAAGGCCUCUCCAGGAGAAGUGACGGACGCGGUGAAGGUGGCCAUCGAUGCUGGGUACUGACACUUCGACUGCGCUUAUUUAUACCACAACGAGAGUCAGGUUGGAGCAGGGAUUCAUUCCAACAUCAAUGAGGGCAUCGUGAGAUGGAAGGAUCUCUUCAUUGUCAGUAAGCUGUGGUGCACCUGCCAUGAGAGUUCCUUGGUGAAAACAGCAUGCCGUGAGAGUCUGAAGUCCUUUAAGUUGUAUUACUUGGACCUCUACCUCAUGCACUGGCCCAUGGGUUUCAAGCCCAGAAACAAAGACUUGCCUUUGGAUGACAGUGGCAUGGUCAUACCCAGUGACACGGACUUCCUGGACACGUGGGAGGCUAUGGAGGACCUGGUGAUCACAGCGCUGGUGAAAGCCAUCAGGGUGUCCAACUUCAACCACGAACAGCUUGAGAGGCUUCUGAAUAAACCUGAUUUGAGGUUCAGGCCAAUAACUAACCAGUUAGUCCAACCAGCCUUGGAAAGGUCACUGAAGAAACAUCAGUUGGACUGCGUUGGCCUGUACAUCAUGCACUACCCCUUGGCUCUGAAGCCAAGAGGGGAGUUGUAUCCAAGAGAUGAACAUGGGAAGUUAAUAUUUGAUACAGUGGAUCUCUGUGCCACGUGGAAGGCCAUGGAGAAGUGUAAGGACGCAGGAUUGGCCAAGUCCAUCGGGGUGUCCAACUUUAACCGCAGGCAGCUAGAGAUGAUCCUCAACAAACCAGGGCUCAGGCACAAGCCCAUCUGCAACCAGGAAGGAGAAGCUUCCCUGGGUCUGGUUGAGUCCGGGCAGCAGGUAUUCUGUCCAGACCGUCCUACUGUUCUUUUGUCUGGAAUUGAAGGCUUUUGCUUUUGCUGCCUGAAGCGAUUCUCUGAGAAAGGGUGGGAUUCGGGAGCUGUAAGUCUUUCCUUUGUGAAGAGGAGCAGGGUAGCGGGGGUGGGGUCAGAAAGGAGAGGAGGCAGAGCUCAGCACCCAAAGCGGACGAUGACACAAAUGCACAAAUGCUGUCCCUGGAAGUCCUGGCACUCCCAGGGAGGACCAGCUGCCCUGGGGAGAAGUUCAGUGGGACUCUUUCCUUCCUCUCAGGUUUUUGACUUUGAAUUGACUCCAGAGGACAUGAAAGCGAUCAACGGCCUCGACAGAAAUUUCCGAUACUCUCGAUUGCUGUUGUAAGUGACCCUCACAGAUUGUUUCAUGGUUGUUUUCCACAGCAAGUAGGUUCACAGAGGAAUGAAGCUU